UUCUUCUUCUUUCGUUUGAUUCAUUUUUGCAGUGUCUGAACGAUUUUUACUACAUCGAACGUCUCGGUGUUGCAUAGCAGAAGGGCGGUCAUCCAGCGCAGACACUGAUCAGGUAGUAUUAGACAGCGCACCGUUCGACCUCAGCCUCCUUUAUCGACCCAAGGAAGGUCCACCUCACCCUCACUGCUCCACCAUGCCAAGGACCCGUCUGCCCUUGGUGCUGCUUGGCCUCAGUGCCAUCGUACCACUCACUCUGGCUCAGACAUACUGCAACGCCACAUCAUUGUGUCCCGAAUCUGCUCCAUGCUGCUCAGAGUAUGGCUACUGUGGCUCGGGAACGUUCUGCCUGGGCGGCUGCGAGCCCAUGCACUCAUUCAGCCCAACAUCAUGCAGACCGAAUCCUAUCUGCCAAUCUAUGACGACGACCUUUGCCAACGACGUAUCGAGGAUACAACAAGUUGCCUCUGAAUGGAAUGGUAAUGCAUCUGCGUAUGAUUGGUACGUCAAUUCUGGACAGAUCAUACCCAGUAGCGAUGGCAUCAAGCUCGUGCUGAACGAAACGAAUGGUGGAACAAAGAUUUCUUCAACGCGAUAUGUCCACUAUGGCAAGAUUGAUUUUGUCUUGGAGACGUCGAAAUGGCCCGGUGUCGUGACGGCAGCCAUCACCAUGUCCGAUGUCAAGGAUGAGAUUGAUUGGGAAUUCACAGGGUCCAAUACCACGCUUGCGCAGACAAACUACUGGUUCAUGGGGAUCGCCAACUAUUCCGACUCGCAGGGUCUCUCUGUGGAUGUCUCCUCCGAUACGUCGGCCAAUUACCACACAUAUACGUUCGACUGGCAGGAAGACUACCUCAACUGGAUGAUUGACGGCAACGUCGUUCGAUCAUUGCAGAAGCAGAGCACGCUUUCGAGCGAUGGGACGACUUACAAAUAUCCCACGACUCCCUCGCAAAUUCAGAUCUCCAUCUGGCCAGCCGGUAUCAACACCUCAGCAGAGGGGACCAUUGCCUGGGCGGGAGGUAUGAUCAACUGGCAGGAUCCAGACUAUGUGGCCAAUGGGUACUUUUGGAAUACCAUACAAAGCGUCACAAUAACUUGCGCGGAUGACCCAAAUCAAGCUUCGAAUACCACUGGAUGGGCAUAUUCCGAUAGCAAGGGGCAGACUGUUCCGACCGUUUACGACACGACCGCUUCGUUGUUGAUCAAUGGGGGUGGCAGAACGACAAUGAGUUGGACGAUGUAUGCUGUGGGAGUGUUCACGAUCUUGAUGACUAUGCUUCUCUAAUGUAUCACGCC